CACACCGCAAGACCCAAUUCACCAUCACCACACCAAAUCACACCCAAAGAACCCCCGUCUUCUCUCCUCCGCCAUGAAGAUCGCCAUCACCGGAGCCCGCGGCACCGUAGGCCAAGAAGUCGUCCGCCUCUGCGCCAACCAAGGCCACGCAACCGUACAAAUCAACCGCACCCCAGAAGACCCCGACCCCUCCACCCCCAAGACCGAAAUGCGCACCGCCGACGCCGCCAGCGACUACGACGCCGUGCUCAAGGCCUUUGCGGGGUGCGACGCCGUCAUCCACCUGGCCGCCAUCCCUGAUCCCGUCGACAAGGACGACCACAAAGUGCACUCCAACAACGUCUGUGCCGCCUUCAACGGGAUGCGCGCCGCCGCCGAGCUGGGCAUCCAAAAAUUCUGCUAUGCUUCUUCCGUCAACGCCAUCGGACUCGUCUACUCGAACCAGCCGCUGGAAUUUGAUUACUUCCCGAUUGACGAGGAAAUCACCCAGAAGCCGACGGACGCGUACGCGCUCGCCAAGGAGGAGGCGGAGAUGCAGGCCAGGGCGAUUGCGAGGUGGUUCCCCGGCAUGAAGAUUGCGUGCUUGAGGAUUCACCAGGUGGCGCCCAAGAAGGAGGUGGAGGAGGAUUAUGCGGGGAACAACGAGAAGGCCGUCAAGCAGCUUUGGGGGUGGGUGCAUCCGCAGGCGACGGCGAGGGCGUGCUUGGCCGCUGUGCAGAACGCGGAUAAGUUUGAGGGAGCCGAGAUUUUCAAUGUGGUUAGUCCCGAGAGGUGUGUGGUGGGCGAGGAUGCCAAGUUGAGCAAUGAGGAGCUGGUCAAGAAGUAUUGGCCCGGCACAAAGAUCAAGGGGGAUAUAUCGGGGAACAAGGGGUUUUGGAGUGUGGAAAAGAUUGAGCGGGUGCUGGGGUGGAAGCACGAGGAGAAGGAGUGACUACACACGGGAAGUAAGUUGUGAUAAUGCGGUUAUGAAUAAUGAAUUUAACAUUACUAUCAACUCGGGGAUGCUUCAGAACUUCGUCAUUCCAU